UUUGUAAAAAAACCAACUACCCCAAAAUCUCAGUCCCUUUUCAGCUACCUCGCCACUGUCCCUCUCAUAAACCCUACUAACCUCCACCUCAACCCCUAUGUCUCUCAUCUCCCGCCUCCGCCAAUCCUUCCUCCUCCUCCACACGCGCCGCCUCUCCUCCACCACCACCGAACCCUCCUCCAGAGACAAAAUCCGCUCCCUCAUCGCCCAUCUCAAAACCGAAAAAGACCCCCACAAAAUCGUCUCCCUCUGCCAAUCCGCCUGCCUCACCCCCGACUCCAACCUCCACCGCAUCGCCCUCACGCGCGCCGUCACCUCCCUCCGCGACUCCCCCACCCAAGCCUCAUCCCCCAAUUCCUCGACCACUUCCUCCUCUCCCGCCCCGACCUCCAAACGCACCGUAUCGCCUCCCACGUCAUCCUCCUCUACGGCCGGGCCCGCAUGCCCGACCACGCCGUCCGCACCUUCGAGCUUUGCCAUGAACUCGGUAUCCCCCAGGACGUGAAGCUCCUCAAUGCCCUGUUAUUAUCUUGCGUUUUCGCCGAGGAUUACAAAGAGGUCACUCGGAUUUACCGCGACUUUCCGAAGAUUUAUGGGAUCGAGCCAAAUCUGGACACUUACAAUUGCGCACUCAAAUCCCUUUCGGAAUCCGGUUCCACCAGCUCUGCCUACUCUGUCUUGGCGGAGAUGGAGAGGAGGCGGAUCAAGCCGGAUGGGAACACGUUCGGGCACUUGCUUUCGGGGUUUUACAGCGAGGAGAGGUUUGAGGAUGUGGGAAAUGUGAUCAAUUUGAUGGAGAAGCAUGGGUUCCAACCGGGGCUUGAUACCUACAACGUUAGGAUUCGGAGUCUUUGUAAGUUGAAGAAGUCGAUGGAGGCAGAGGCGUUGUUGGAUGGGAUGUUGGGGAGGGGUAUCAAGCCGAAUGCGGUCACGUUUUGCCAUUUGAUUCUCGGGUUUUGCAAGGAGGGGAAUUUGGAGAAAGGGAAGAAGAUGUUUGAGAAGAUGGUGGAGAGGGGGUUUGAGCCGGAUUGCAACUGCUAUUAUACUCUGGUGUACUACUUGUGCACAGGAGGGGAUUUCGAGAGUGCGUUGAGGUUUGCUAAGGAGAGCAUUGAGAAGAAUUGGGUGCCGAAUUUUGCUACGAUGAGGUUGCUUGUGGAUGGACUUGUGAGCAUUGGGAAGGUGGCUGAGGCUCGCCAGCUUAUCGGCCAGAUGAAGGAGAAGUUCACUGUGAAUCAACAUAGGUGGAGUGAAGUUGAAGAAGGCUUGCCACAGUGAUUGGUAUGUUUCAUGGUGCUUGAAGUUUAGUUGAUGAUAUAGUUUAUCAAGAUUCUGUAGAAAUAGACUUGGAUUUCUUUGAGAGACAAUUGAUUCUGUAUAACUUUUAGAAGGAAAAACUACUUUCAAAUAGGCUGUACAUUUUAGCAAAGAGGCCUAGGCAGAAAUCUGGAUACUGCACUUUUGAUCUAA